AUGGCUGAAGCAGGAAUACCACAUCCACGACGAAUGUCGGCGGAUAAUCAGAUAGUCUCGAAAGCUGAUAUCUCCUUGAAGGAACGCUUUUUCCGCUACUUCCAGCAUGAGAUCACCGAUCUGCAACAGGAGAUGGAUCGUCUUGCGGAUACAUCUCUUGUAGGUGGUGAACGUGCCGAUGCAACAGACCACUGCCUUGCCGGGAUCGUGCGGUUAUCCAACGAAGUCAAGGAUGCAGCGAGCUAUAUCCCCACCUAUGAUCAGAGGGUAUACGCAGAGGCAAUCAAAGCUUUGCAGGAUCGAUUGGGCGAGACCCGUGCAGCAUUCGAGCCCCGAUCAAAGUUCAGCUUCAAGACCAAGAAAAAUAACUCUGCUGUCUCUUUGUCUGACGCUGCCGUAAUGGCAAUUCAAGGACAUCUUAGCAUCCCUGGGUACCACUCCCCCGGUGCCUCGUCCAUUGAUUCGUCCGCAAACCAGACCCCCAACUACCCUUCCACCCCACUGAACGAGCCGGAUAAGGAACAUCAAGAGCGACCGGAACUUGCACCCACUUCAUUCCCUGGUGUCUCGACCGGGGAUUUUUCCACGAAGUCCUCGGAGAAGCCUCCUGGUGGGUUUGCGGCCACCGGCAUAUCCUCUGUGUCGGUCGAUGACUAUCAUAAACUCCACAUUAUGCUUCCAGCCGCCGGGUCGACAUCCACCGUCCCAGUGUCCAUUACCUCCCUGGAUCGCUGUAUCGUUGCCAUGUCUAUUCCCACUGCCAAUGGAAAGCCAUAUGCUAGUCUGACUGCCAAGGGUAUCAACGAAAGCUUAUUGAUAUGCGGUCAAGUCAAUGGCCCUGCACACAUCACUGGUAUUGAGCGUAGCGUGAUUGUGGUAUCAUGCCGCCAAUUCCGUAUGCACAACUGUAGCGACGUUGAUGUCUAUCUCAGCUGCUCGAGCAACCCCAUCAUUGAGGACUGUUCCAAUAUUCGGUUUGGUCGGAUCCCGAAGGCCUAUGCCUUGGACCAUGACUGUCCCGACCACGAAGACCGUUGGAGCCAGGUCGAAGAUUUCAAAUGGAUUAAGCCGGAGCCUAGUCCAAACUGGAGUCUACUUGACCCCAACGAUGCCGUUCCUGAAGAGGUCUGGGCAGAGAUUGUUCCCGGCGGGCCGGGAUGGUCUCUUGAGGACAUCUUGCAUGCCGUAAAAGUAAUCCAAAAUUAG